AAUAUCUAAUCUCGUGGCGCGGGCUUUAAAUGACGCAGCUCGCGGUGACGCUGAUGCCACUGCUGCUGGUGCUGGCUGCUCUGGCCGCGGGUCAGCGUUACCAAAGCGAAGACGGGAAUUACAUCAACGGCGAGGUGUACGGGGACUAUGAGUCGCCGGAGCCUCAGCCGCAGCGGCCCCUGCACCCGACGCCCCGGAGCUACAACUCGGCGCCGGUCCCGAGACAGCAGCCGGCCGCGCCCAAACCGACGCCCGUCGCCAUCCUCAAGCAGAUCAACAGGCACAACGAGGACGGCUCCUACACCUACGGCUUCGAGGGGGCCGACGGCUCAUUCAAGAUCGAGACUAAGCAGGCGAACGGCGAAGUUAAAGGCAAAUAUGGUUUCGUCGAUGACGGCGGUAAAGUGCGAGUCGUCGAAUAUGGUGCCGAUCAGUACGGGUUUCAACCAUCUGGUGAAGGUAUUACGGUUGCACCCCCGACUCUAAUUGACGAGACCACGAGUAAGGAAGCUCUCGAGGCUCAGAAGUACCAAGAGUACCAAGAGUACCAGCAGCCAAUUCCUAGAAAUGCUCCGCCCAGGCCAGCUUUGGUGCAACCUCGGCAGCCAUCCGAGUACCAAGCGGGCCAAUAUCAGCCCCAGUACACGACCCAGCAGCACACCCAGGCGAUCUACGCCUCGGCCCAGCAGCCCCGACUGUCCCCCAAGGUCCCGCAACCGAUCUUCACGCCGGCCGAGGAACCGAGGCUCGGUGCAGGCCUCCAGUCCCAAUUAAUCCAGCAGCAGUCUUACGACGAGGAGGUCGCGCUCGCCCGGUCCAACUAUAAGACCGGACCCGUCCAGUUCAAUCCCGCCCCCGUCCAGGAGUCCCAGCCUCGAGCCCAGCCCCAGCCACGUAGCGGCGGUGGAGGCAUCCUCGACCAGCUCGCCAGGGAUUACGCGCUACCGCAAGGAGGCGCUGCGCCCCUUCACGACAUCAGCUUCGGCUAUUACUAAGUCCAGCGUGACGAUUAUCCUUUGGG